AUGUGGAAGCCCUUCGUGCUUAUAGUUGUUCUACAACUUUGCAUCGUUGUAUUGACCACCGCCGCCGUGAGCCCAUCGAUGUCACCGUUUGUUGCUCUGAUUCAAACCACAGCGGUGGACCUCAAACAGGGCGACUGUCACAAAGGUCAAAUUUGUGUUCCGAAAUCGCGCUGCUCAAAUGCAAGAACGGCAGGCGCGGGUCUGAUUGAUAUACGAGUUCAAAGCAAUAAUCCAUGCCGCAAUCAACUGAUGCAGUGUUGCUACCAGCAUGAUAUCAUCGAUUCUCCCGCACCGCCAACACUCGCGCCAGCGACCACACCGAGAUCACCCCGAUUAGUUGUUCCCGAAGUGAAGCAACCUGUUUGUGGUCGUCGCAACUUGGACGGGAUUCGUUUCCGCAUUGUAGGACAUCAGAACAACGAAGCCGAGUACGGGGAGUUUCCUUGGAUGAUAGCGGUGAUGACGCAGGAGACGGCAUUGAAUCAGCUGGUUAAUGUGUAUAUUAGUGGUGGUUCAUUGAUCCAUCCUAAAGUUGUCCUGACUUGUGCUCACUGCAUAUCGAACCAUUCUCCCAGUCAGCUAAAGGUUCGAGCGGGUGAAUGGGAUACACAGUCAAAGACUGAAAUGCUCCCACAUCAGGACCGGUCUGUUGCAGAGGUCAGUACACACCCCGACUAUUUCAUGGCCGGUCUGUACAAUGACAUCGCGCUGCUGUUUUUGGAGUUACCGUUCAAUCUAGAUGGUGGCAUUCAAACGAUUUGUUUGCCACCACCUGGGCAUAAAUUUGAUCAUCAAAAGUGCAUUACAUCCGGCUGGGGGAAAGACGCAUUCGGUAAUUCCGGCGAUUAUCAGAUUAUUUUGAAAAAGAUCGAACUACCCGUGGUUGCUGCUGGAAGGUGUCAACAAUUGCUCCGAACUACCCGCCUAGGGAUGCUAUUCCGGCUACACGCAAGCUUCAUCUGCGCCGGAGGUGAACAGGGAAAAGAUGCAUGUGAAGGAGACGGAGGAUCACCGUUGGUAUGUCCAGUGGAGGGUUCCACCGAUCAGUACUAUCAAGCCGGAAUUGUGACCUGGGGAAUCGGGUGCGGGGUGGAAAAAAUUCCGGGAGUGUACGUAAAUGUGGCGCAAGUCAGGAACUGGAUUGAUCUGGAAUUGCAGAGGCGAGAACUGGAUGGCAGCAGCUAUUUGCCAAGUUUUACAUAGCCUUAUUAGUCGACGAAAAACGAUCAGUGUAGAA